AUGGCUCGCUUAACAAACUCCCUCCUGAAGAGCAUCGUUAUCAGAGCUCAGUUUGACAGCAUCAGGAAGCAGCAGUGCCUGCAGUAUCUGAACACUCUGAGGAUGCUGCAGUACGAUGGGUAUAAGACUGUGUAUUUUGGGGAAACCGAGAUCCCGGAAACUCUGGUCACCGGAGAAGACUUCAGUGACAACUAUCACGUGCACGCCCCCACCUGGUGUAUCCUGCAUGCCGGAGGCAGCCAGGGGUGGGUGCCUUGGAAAUACCGGAUGUUCUUAAAGGACGACCUGUGUAUCAAACAGGAAGACAGCCUCUUCUUUGAGUUCUGUGACGUCGUAAAGAAGGCCUAUGGGAAGUGUGUCAUCGUGGUCAAAGGGCGAAGGCAGCAAGAGGAGAUGAAGCCAAAAGUAGACAAGGACGGAGAGGCCCAGGGCUAUGUCCCGACAAGCAUUAACUUAACAAGCAUCGUGUGUUCCCCGGGAGUGGCCAAGUCCUAUGGCCAUGAACUAAUCUCUCUGCCCUCCCCGUAUAACUACCUGAACCCCUUAGACUCGGCCUGGUCGUCUAUGAAAUGGUUUAUCAUCAACAACAGGAAAGAGUUCUGUCUACAGUCUGUGGACAACGUCUACACUUACCAGUAUAUACUUUUCAGUGACUUAAUCAGCAAAGGGAUUGAAAAGGUCAGCCUGAGCAAGUGGAAGGCCCUAACCAACAAAGUGCGGAGGUGGGAAAACUAUUAUCUUGGGAAAUUUUCUUAGGGGGUGUCCCCUCCACGAAGCAGCGGGCCCUGUGGCCUUCAUGGCUAACUGUGGAGUUGGAUUCU